AUGGAGCCCACGUCGGCCCGGUCCUGCGCCAUCUGCGGCGCCGCCUUCCCCAGCCGCAACGCGCUUUUCCGCCAUCUCUCCGAGGCGUGCGCUCCUGGCCUGCGGCGGGAGAAGGUGCCUUCGCAGACGGUGCUGCUCGCUCUCGGCUAUGUCGGCAGCGGCUUCCACGGCUCCUCCCUCUUGUCGGACGCCGACGAGGCGCAGCGGCCGACCGUCGAGGGCGCUGUCCUCGCUGCAGCGCGAGGCGCCUGGCCGGGUGUGCCUUGCGUCCUCUGCGCCGCCGCGAGGACGGAGAAGGGCGUUCACGCGCUCGAGACGCUGUUCGCCCUCAACGCCAAGCCCGUGUUCGGCCCGCUCGACCUCGCAGCUCUCGAGGCGCGGCUCGCGGCUCUGGCUCCGGCGGUCGUGCUGCUCGCCCCGCCCGUGGUCGUGCCGAAGCCGUACGACGACCUCGGCCGGGCGGCGCGGCGGCUCCAGUACGCGGCGGUCCUCACCUACCGCCACCUCCUCCGUGCGGGCGGAGAGGCGGCGCCGCGCGUAGAGGAGGAGCCAGAGGAGUGGGGGGAGGAGUCCGCCACAGAGGCGUGGUGCUGCGCGCUCGGCAGUGGCUCCGGUGGCGACAACGGCGGCGGCGGCGGCGGCGGCGGCGAGUCGGCCGGGCUACCUGCGUGGGCGUGGGUCGCAAAUCUUCCGAACGGGCGCACCGAAGCCGACGUGGAGGCGCUGCUGCUGGAGGCGUGCGGCGCGGCGGCGCUGUGCGUCCGGCUGCCUCGCUGCGGCGGCUACGCGGCGGUCCAGCUCAGCUCGGCGGAGGAGGCUGCGCGCUGCGUGUGCGAGCUCGACGGGCUUGCGUGGCGGCGGUCCGACCUGCCGCUGGUCGCGAUGGGGCUGCGCGAGGCGCCUGUCCCGAUCCGGCGGCCGGGAGGAGGAGCCGGGCCGGGCGGCGGCUGCACGCGGCCGCUCGGCCGCUGCUACUCUGGGAUCCAGCAGGACGUGCGGCGGGAGGGCGAGUGGCGGCUGAGCCACGGCGCGGUGCUGCGGUUCGGCGCAAAGGACUUUGCGCCCCAGCAGGUGCGGCGGCUGGUCGGCGCGGUGGCUGCGGUCGUGCGGGGGGACGAGCCGCCCGCGUACUUGGACAGGCUCUUCGAGGGCGGCGCGCCGCCGCUCCCGGCGCCGCCCGCGCCGGCCGAGGUCCUCUUCCUCGAGCGAGUCGAGCUGGGGCCCGCGUGGGGGGGGUGGCGCUCUCUGGUCCAGGUGGACGCCGCCCGCAGGGAGACGCACCGCGCGAGGCUCAUCGAGGAGGUCGCCGCGGCGUGCGAGCGAGGCGGGCCCGUCGAGCGCUUCUGCGCGUCGCUGGGCGCGGGAGCGACGCGCGCCGCGGCGAGCGAGCGGCUCGGCGGCGCGGCGGCGCGCGGCGAGCUGUCGGCGAUUGAGGCGAGCCUCUCUGACGGCGGCCGCGUCGAGGCGAGGAACGAGUACGGCCAGACGGCUCUCUUUCGGGCGGCGGCGGCGGGCAGCGCGGCCGCCGUCGCGCGGCUGCUCGAGCUGGGCGCCGACACCGAGGCGCGCGCCAACGGAGGCGCCACCCCGUGCCUCGCCGCGUCUGCCGGCGGCCACUUGCAGGCGUACCGCUUGCUCGAGGCGGCGGGCGCUUGCACGGACGCCGCGGGGCCGCGGGGCGUGCGCGCGUGCGACUAUGCGGCGCAGGCGGAGCGGCGCGAGGGCGGCGCCUCCCUCCCCCUUCCCGCCUUUCCGCCCUCCCGCCUCCCUCCCGCUCCGCCUCUGGCUCCCGCUCCGCCUCCGGGCGCGGCGGUGGGGCGGCUGCUUGAGGCGGGAGGUGCCUCGCACCCGGGAGCAGGCAGCUGCACGGUCGACAACGCGCUCCCGCCCGAGGCGCUCGAGCGCUUGCUCGCGCUCUGGCGCUCGCUGCCCGUCGCGAUCAAGGACAAGGACUCGCCGAUCGAGCGCUCCUACCUCUUCGACUCCGAGGGCUGGCUCACCGGCUUGCUCACCGCCGCGGCCGCAGCCGCGGGCUUGCGGUGCGUCGCGCUGCCGGGCGUGCGCUUCCUGCACUACCCCGAGCCGGGCGGGCACCUCCCGCCGCACGUCGACUUGCCGCGCUGCACCGCGGGCGGCGCAAAGUCGACGCACACCUUUCUGCUCUACCUGACCGGCUGCGGCCGCGGAGGAGAGACGCUCCUGCUCGAGGAGAGGGAGGGAGAUGCAGCGCUGGCGCGGAUGGGCGGCGUGGCACCCGGCCCGCGCGCCACCCUCGAGGCGGUGCGGCCGCGCGAGGGCCGGCUGCUGCUCAUGCCGCACGCGUGCCCGCACGCGGCGGCGCCCACCAUUGACACGCCAAAGCUCCUGGUCAGGGGCGAGGUGAGGGUGUUGGCGUGA